AGCAGUUGUUUUGUAAGCAUUCGUUGUGCCUGAUAACGUUGUCGCUUUUCAUUCUUAGAGUCUGGUCACCAUGACAAGUGAUAUGUCCUUUAACUGUUACUGAAACAUGUGGGGUCGGCAUAGUUCUUUUUUGUGUUUGUCCAGCUUGAUCGCAAUUUCGAAACUGAGUUUUGAACACAAGUAGAAGCUGUCAGUGUUGCGCAGGAACCCAGAUCAUCGUUCGCAAACAGAUCUUCGUCAUUUCUACAAGAAUGAAGACUAAUUUCUGGAAUAUUGUCCUGACUAUUUUCGGUCUUGCAACCCCGAGCUUCCAUCAGCUUAUGCCAUUAACAGGCCGGAUUUCAACUGAUCAUUUCCGCUUGAUCGGAGGACAGGACCUCAAUGAAGGCCGCUUACAGAUUGCACAUGCAAAUGACGGGUCGUGGUCAACCGUUUGCACCGAUGUCAACGCCAUUAACGAUGCUAUCGGGUUUGCGCUAUGCGCCCGUCUGGGUUAUCAGGUCGCCUGCAAGUACGGAACGGGGGCCGAGUUUUCUAGCCCAGAUGUCGAUCUCGGUUCGGUCGAGGAGGUGAGCUUUGGAAAUUGUGAUAUUGGGUCAACGUAUACGGAGCAGGACUGCGACAUUACCGGAAUCCCAUCUGUGAAUGGCGCGUGUUCAUCGAACACCCAAGAUUUGUGGCUUCACUGUACAUCCGGCCCCGGUGAGCUCGAACUCCGUUUGGCCAAUCCUCUGUCCUCUUUCACGGGAACAGUUCAGGCGCGUUGCCGGGGAAGUCAGGACUGGGCGUCUGUCUGCUACAGCUAUUCUUGGGACCGCCGCGACGCAGAGGUGGCGUGCCGCCAUCUUGGAUUCUCUUUUGCUGCUGAAAGAGCGGUGAUUUCCCUCGCCAACCUUGAGCCAACCUCGAUCCCGUCGCGAGUUGUUAUAUCCGAGUUUGGGUGCGCUGGAAACGAGACUGAUCUGUUGGAAUGCCGACUGGGAUUGACUCGCACAUCUUGCACCAGUGUUCCAAGAUUAUCAUGUGGUAUAGAAACAAGCGAGUACGGAUCUCAGGUAGGGCUGUGUGGUAACCGUCACCUGUGCGGCGUAGAAUGCUCCCAACAACGAGACACCACCUCCGUGCCCAGACGCGGAUGUCACUGCGACGACGUAUGCCUGAUCUUUGGUGACUGCUGCUAUGACUACGAAGAGAACUGUAACUCGGAGUCACGUGAACCUCCAACUUCCCUGAACGGGUUGCCCAUUAACUGGUUCGGCUGCGUAGAAGUGCCGGGCUUCGAUACUACAUUCAUGGGCUACUUCUUGGUGGAAAUCUGCCCUGAAGAUUGGCUUGGGAGUGGGAUACGAGAAAUGUGUGAAUCGCCGGCGAAUGAUUCGGAUGUUUUCCGGUCCAUUCCCGUCUACAACAACAUCACCUUUAUCCAGUAUAAGAACAUCUAUUGCGCGGUGUGUCAUGGCGAGAGACACGACCAGGUGGUUCCCUGGAGCGUGGAGGCCCGUUAUUCGAGUGAUCGAGGGGGGCUACCAUUUCUUCCAAAUUUUGACGUAGGACCGCCAGCCUUCGGUACUUACACAGGCAAAUUUGUAGUCAGGGCGCCAGAUAGAUCAGGGAUUGAAAUCCGCCAGUGUUCCACGCCAGCCAUUGACACCUGCUUAGAGGAAUACCGCGGGAGCCUGACUGAGCAAGGUUGUAAGACGUAUUCUGCGUCGAUGGCGUACCGGCCCUCAGCAUUCUCGGGCACCAUAACAAACUACCGCAAUGCCUACUGCGGGAAAUGCAACAACCUCACGCUUUCCCAGGGUGAUUCAUGCGACUACGACUACUGCGAGGAGUUGUGCGGUGAUGACCCAUGGGGGCGCUGUUUCAGGAGGUGUGCUGCUCCAGAAGGUUUCCUCACAAUCGACGUGUUAUUUAGCUUCAGUAGCCAGGGCAGCUCAAUAGCUGGCGUCGACUCCUGCAUGACAGGAGAGUUGUAUGACCCCUUCCUCGGCAGCUGCCGGCUGCUGUCCUGCUCCUCGGGAUACGAGAUCAUUGGUGAUGAAUGUGUCAAGGUUGUAGCGCCCCCCACGGUUGAACCAGAUCAACCAAAGCCUGGUACUGUGACUGCAUUUGCGUACAACUCAAAUAAUACAGUCAAUGUUGACUUGGCGGACUGCCUGAGGGCGCUGCUUGGUCCAAAAACACAAGGCAUUGUUUACUGGGAUGCAAAUCUUGACAGCGCGUCGGGAAAUGUUGCAGUUAAUUUCCUUACAGAAAAUGAAACAACAUUGUACGACGUGAGUGAGGCCCUGAAUCUCCUCGUACACAGUAGUUGGUGUAAUGCAACGCGGGUAGCUUUUUUCCUUGAAUUUGAAUAUAUCCUUCCCUUAGACCACUGCUUGAAUUUUGUUGAAGUUGGCACCGAUCUUUUUCAAGCCCAUUUCGGUCAAGACAUCCGUACAAAGGUUGUUCGCUUGUCACAGUUUAAUUACAAUACCUCGACAAGUGUAUACAACUUCUUGAAGACUGACAGCGCAUGUCUUGACAACAGUUUGACCUGUCCUAUUUUAACCCUGAACUCUUCGGACAUUGAGAAAUCUGAAAUUGGUAACGAAACGGUUGUCAAGUAUAUUCCAUCCGGCCUUGUUUUGCCUCUUGGAAUGUACGUUGUUCUUGCGGAUGGGAGCGCAGCUGCAUGCGCUGAUGCUGUGAUCCAACCCUCGACCCCUGGACCACCAACUACCACUGAACUGGCAUAUCGCUACUUGUACCUCGUUCUCACGAUUCUGUCGCUUGUAGCGCUCGCAGCGACGUUCUUCGUGUAUUCCUUGCUACCAACACUACGCAAUUUAGCAGGCCGGUGCAUCAUGAACUUGGUUGUGGCACUUUUCCUGGCCAACCUCCUCUUGCUACUGAACGGGUUCUUUGUGGAGGUGCCCACACUGUGCUUGGUUGCUGCCCCCGUCAUCCAUUUCACCUGGCUGGCUGCAUUCAUGUGGAUGUUGGCCCUGUCAAUAAAUGUGGCGCGUACCAUCACCAGCAAAGUGGUCAAUAAGUCUGAGGAGUCGGAAACCAGGCCGCUGUUGCUGUACAUGCUCUUCUCCUGGGGAACGUCACUGGUGAUCGUGGGAAUUUGCAUUGGGCUUCACUUUUGCCAAUGCGUUGUCACCGGAUCAAUUUACGCCAGCGAGAUAAGCUGCUAUAUCGUAAACCCCCAAGUCAACUUAUAUGCGUUUGGCAUUCCAGUGGCUGUGACACUGACAGUCGGUAUUUGUCUGUUCCUAUUCACCGUUGUCAACCUCCGGAUCUCGCGAAGUGCAACGAGAGUUGCACGUAACGAGACGAGAAUGCAGGAGGCGAAAGUUGAAUUUGUCAUUUACACAAGGCUGAGCGUUCUCAUGGGUAUGAGUUGGGUCUUUGGCUUUCUGACCCAAGUCAUCCAGGGCUACGCCAUGUUGUUUGUCUUCGUCAUCCUGAACUCCUUGCAAGGUUUUUUGAUCUUCCUGAGUUUCUGCUUCACGGCCCGGGUUCGAAAACUACUGAGAGAGAAGUAUGGCCGGAGACACCGCUCUGAUGGGCGGAGGAGGACCCGGCGAAAACCCACCGAUCUUGUCGACGCCUCGGGCACACACAGCCAGAUAAAUUCCCAUCAGUCACACUCAGCCAACACUGAUACAACUCUGGUGUAAAAAGGAUUUGAUAUUGUCUGGACUUUUAUGGGCCUAUAAACUUGGACUUAAAGAGUCAAUUAGUGUAUAGCAUGGUUUAACUUACAAAAUUAUUGAGAGCUAAACGAAGGCAUCUGAUGUAAGCAGAGCAGGGCCCUUUUCCAAUACUCGACUUGGGCUCCGUCUCAGGCUUCGUUCCCGAAACCAAUCCCCGAUUGUGGGC